AACACCAGGCGGAGCAACAGUGGCACAAUGCAGUGACGUCACGUCUGUUGUUUCAGAUGACGCUGGGAAGCAGGCCGCACACGCGUACCAGGAACCUUCUCUGACGAUUUCUGUGGAUCAAGGUCGUCGAUUUAUCCGCAAUCGCACCAAAAUACGGGAUUGCCCUCUCCCGUCCCCCUUACCCCCCUUCUCAGACAGCAUGGCUCAGGAGACAAAUCAAACGCAGGUGCCAAUGCUUUGUACUAUGGGAUGCGGUUUCUAUGGUAACCCUCGCACCAACGGAAUGUGCUCUGUCUGCUACAAGGAACAUCUGCAGAGACAACAAGGAGGGGGGCGAAGCAGCCCCCCAGGUGAGAAAGCUGCCACAUCACCUGUAGGUUCCCCAGGCGCAUCUGCAGUGACGGUGGAGUCCGCCCCUGUACCCACCUCAGAAGCUGUCACCCCACCUGAAGAACGUACAUCUAGCAGUUCGCCCAGCCCUGUAACCCAACAAAUGACUGCUAUGAGCAUCUCACAGGACACUGGAACCACUGAUUCAGAUAGAGCAGAAGUGGAGGAGGAAGAAGAUGAGGGCUCGUCUAUAAGCACAGGGCCAGUAGGGGAGGCUGCACAGGCUUCUUCAGACGGAGAUCAGACUCCUGACAAGAACAAAAAGAAGAAUCGAUGCUUCACUUGUAGGAAAAAAGUUGGCCUCACAGGCUUCGACUGUCGCUGUGGUAACCUGUUUUGCGCUAUCCACCGUUACUCUGACAAACAUGACUGUCCCUAUGACUACCGAGGAGCUGCUGCCGCUCGCAUCCGCAAGGAGAACCCCAUUGUGGUAGCUGAGAAGAUUCAGAAGUUAUGAGGACUGAUGGCUAAGAGAGCAAAAUUCUUUGACCUGCAAGUUUUGGAACCAUGGCGCUGAAUAACACCAUUCUAAAAUGGGUUCAUUUCUUCAUUGUAGGAUAAGGUGGGUGGGGUUAUAGGGUACUGCCCCUGCUUGGCCAUUCCCUAACCCAUCAUCUCCCUGUCUCUCCUGGAAGGACUGUGUCAAGUGUGAAUGUGUGAUAUGUUGAGAGAUGUUGUGUGUAUUUUAUUUCUCUAGAGAGCCAGGGAGAAGAGGGAUUGGUUGUCAAGUGGGCAUCCAUGUGAACUGGGGGGGGAGGAUGGACUCUAGUUUUUACCCUGGCAUUGAUUUUGUUAGGAUAUUAACAUUAUUUUUUUAUAGGAAAUUGGGAUGUGGGGUCAGGAGAAUGGAGGAUUUGAUUCAGGGGGUGGGGGGCCUUGAGAGAAUGGGAAUUUCUCUGAUAUUGCAAAUUGUUUCUGAAGAAUCUAGAUUUUAAUGACUACUCCCACAUUUACCCAUGUUAAAUUUUUAUUUUCUGUGUUAUUGUUUUCUUUAUUCUGAUUAAUUACCCCUGACAUGUCAAAUCCCAACCUGUGCAUUUACAAAUAUGUCUUUUAUAUAUUGACUUAUCAUGAUAACGUUGGGUGCAUGAAUAGUUAUUGGAUGUGUUUUGAAGGAGUAGUGGGGUGGAGUUAGCCAGAGCCUUGACAUAAGCGAGUGACUGAGUUUUUUUGUCUUUCCUUUUCUGUUUUAAUGAGUGUAUGGCAUCAAAAGAUCUAUAUUAAUAUAUUGUACGUAGCUUGAA